UAAAUUAAAAAUAAGCUUUUGGUCUGUUUUAGAUAUGAUUAUUAUAUAUUGAUUUCAACCGAUUUCAGCUUGUUAAAAUCAUUUCUUAAUUAAGAAAAAGCUUUUUGUCUGUUUUAGUUGUUUGGUCUCAAACAAAUGUUACCAUCUUAGCAUCAAGUUCGUAAAUAAAACCCAAAACCAAUGAUAGCAAACAAAUGCAUCGCCUAGCUGUGUUUCAAUCUACCAGGCCACUCUUUUAUUCUACCAUUGCUAAUUCUUAUACUCAUUUCUCAACCUUAGAAGAAAACUUUUGCACCAAAUUCAUAACUUCAUGCGCCCAAACAUCAAACUUACUUCAUGGAAAGGUAAUCCAUGCCAAAUUCAUCAAAGGGUUAUUUCCAAAUUCCCUUUACCUCCAAAACCACAUGCUAAACAUGUACUCGAAGUGUGGAGACCUCAUCAGCGGUCACAAGCUGUUCGAUGAAAUGCCUCAACGCAACGUCGUUUCAUGGUCUGCCAUGCUUUCUGGCUUUACCCAACAUGGGUUUUUCAACCAAGCUCUAUCUUUGUUUGUUUACAUGUUAAGGGAUGGAACUUCAAAGCCUAAUGAGUUCACAUUUGUUAGUGUUCUUCAAGCUUGUUCCUUGCACGAAAAUUUAGAUUUAGCUUACCAAGUUUACGCUAUGGUUUUACGUUUGGGGUUUGAAUCAAACGUGUUUUUAGUCAAUGCUUUUUUGACAGCUUUGAUGAGACAUGGGAAAAAAGAGGAAGCUUUGGAGGUUUUCGACGAGUGUUCAAACAAAGAUAUCGUGACUUGGAAUGUUAUGUUAAGUGGGUACUUGGAAAGUUCUUGUUUAGAUUUGCCUAAAUUUUGGGUUCAAAUGAAUCAUGAGGGGCUGAAACCUGAUUGCUUUACUUUUGCAAGUGUUUUAACUGGGUUGGCUUCUGUUGGUCAUUUAAACAUGGGUUUACAAGUGCAUGGUCAACUUGUCAAGUCUGGCCAUGGUACUGAAAUUUGUGUCCAGAACUCUGUGGUUGAUAUGUAUAAAAAGAAUCAAAGACUUUUCGAUGGGCUGAAAGCUUUCAAUGAAAUGGGUGAAAAAGAUGUUUGUUCUUGGACACAAAUUGCUGCUGGGUGGUUAGAGUAUGGGGAACCUACAAAGGCUUUGGAAGCUAUUGCAGAAAUGAGGAUGAUGGGGAUAAUACCCAACAAGUUUACACUUGCUACUGCUUUCAAUGCUUGUGCUAAUUUGUCCUUCUUGGAAGAGGGGAAGAAAGCUCAUGGGUUGAGAAUUAAACUUGGGGUUGAUAUUGAUGUUUGUGUGGAUAAUGCAUUGAUUGACAUGUAUGCAAAAUGCGGUUCCAUGGAUGGUGCUUGGGGUGUUUUUAAGGUAAUGGACGAUCGUUCCAUUGUUUCAUGGACAACAAUGAUAAUGGGGUGUGCACAAAAUGGUCAAGCUAGAGAAGCUCUUAAGAUUUUCGAUGAGAUGAUUAUGAAAGGUAUAAAACCGAAUUACAUAACCUUUGUUUGCGCUCUUUAUGCAUGCAGCCAGGGAAUGUUUACUGAUGAAGCCUGGAAAUAUUUCUCUUCCAUGACCAUUGACCAUGGAAUCUCUCCUGGUGAAGAUCAUUAUAUAUAUAUGGUACAUCUUCUUGGCCGUGCCGGGCAUAUUAAAGAAGCCGAAGAACUAAUCUUGUCAAUGCCAUUUCAGCCUAGUGCAUCAGUUUGGCAAACUUUGCUUAAUGCUUGUCAAGUUCAUGGGGAUAUUGAAACAGGGAAGCGAGCAGCAGAACAUGCAAUAAACCUAGACAGAAAGGACCCUGCAAGUUAUGUGCUGUUAUCAAACAUGUUUGCUGGCUUCAACAAUUGGGACGAUGUGGGAAAGUUGAGAGAACUAAUGGAGACCAGGGAUGUAAAGAAAGUACCUGGAACCAGUUGGAUCAAACUAGAAAAAGACUGCUCAGUACCUUCAGGACCCAAGUUUUCAAGUAUGGGAUCUAAAAUUAGUUGAUAAUAGGUGAUCGUGAAGCUCAUAAACUUUUAACUGAUGGAAGAUGAGAAACUCUAGAGAGAUUCAGGCAGUAAAAAACUUGGGAGUGAUUUAACUUCAAAAUCAAAAUUCUUCUGAGAUGGAUCAAGGACUUCUCGCAUAAUAUGAACAAGAAUUUGUAUUCUAUGUUUUCUUUUCUGGGUGAAGCAAUCUUUUCAUUUUUGUGCAA